GCCUACCUCAUCCUCAUCACAGCCUGCCUGCCCCUCAUCCUUAUCACAGCCUGCCUGCCCCUCACACCCUCAUCACAGCCUGCCUGCUCCUCAUACUAUAUGAUAUACCGCCAUCUUGGAGCCAUGAAUCCCAUUGACUUAUAUAGAGCAAAACCCAUUCCCUUUUUAUUGACUUGGAGCCAGUGACCUUUGAACUUGGAGCCAUCAUGACAUCAUUGGAACCACAUGGUCCUUUCCCUUAAUGAAGUCCUUGCUGGCAUGGUGCCAAAUGGCUCCAUGGCUCCAGGUGGCGGGUCAUCACAGGCUCAUCACAGCCUGCCUGCUCCUCACACCCUCAUCACAACCCCUGCCCCUCAUCCUCAUCACAGCCUGCCUGCUCCUCAUCCUCAUCACAGCCUGCCUGCCCCACAUCCUCAUCACAGCCUGCCUGCUCCUCAUCCUCAUCACAGCCUGCCUGCCCCUCACACCCUCAUCACAGCCUGCCUCAUCCUCAUCCUCAUCACAGCCUGCCUGCUCCUCAUCCUCAUCACAGCCUGCCUGCUCCUCAGCCCCUCACACUCUCAUCAGCCUGCCUGCUCCUCAGCCCCUCACACCCUCAUCACAGCCCCUGCUCCUGCCCCUCAGCCCUGACAGCCCCCGAUCCUCAUCCUCAUCACAGCCCCUGCUCCUCAGCCCCUCACAGCCUGCCUGCUCCUCAGCCUCUGACAGCCUGCCCUGCUCCUCCGCCCCUGACAGCCCCUACUCCUUAUCCUCAUCACAGCCUGCCUGCUCCUCAUCCACAUCACAGCCUGCCCUGCUCCUCAUCCACAGCCCUGCCCCCUGCUUCUCACCGCAUAUCAUAGCCCUGUCUCAUCUUCCUCACCCCACAUCACAGCCCUGUCUAAUCCUCCUCACCCCACAUCACAGCCCUGUCCCUGUUCCUCACCCCACAUCACAGCCCUUUCUAAUCCUCCUCACCCCACAUCACAGCCCUGUUCCUGUUCCUCACCCCACAUCACAGCCCUGUCCCUGUUCCUCACCCCACAUCACAGCCCCUCUCUGGCUAGUGCAGCCAUGCUGGGCUCUUUAUGACCAGAGCUGUGUUUCCCUCUGGGGCUUUGCCUUUUCCCAUGUAGUUAAUCCAAGCCCAACUUCAGGAUGCUGCUGCAAACGGGUGCUGAGUGCUGUGUUUGUGUCAUCCAUCAGCCUGAUACAAAUCCUGCAGAAAUGAUUGCAGGAGCCAGCAAUUUAUUUCCACGUGGGCUCCUGGGGCUGAACUAAUAGCAGUGCUGUUGGGAAUUGUUUGGAAAAUUUCCCUAAUGAAGGCACCCGAUUCAGUGGCAGCUAUUCAGAGCAGAUUAGAUCUGCAAAUUGCCUUUAAUUAAUUAAGUUCAUAAUAGUACGGAAAGUGUUGUGAAGAGGGAACAUUGGACUGUGUAAAAAUGAUUUCAUGGAAGUUAGCAAUAUGUAUCUUAUAUUGCAAUGAUAACAUUGCUGCAAAAUACUCUUUAAUACCAGUAUUUGUAUUAAUUUGCUUUUAAGGUAUAGUUAAAGGCUUAACUGGAACAUGUACCUACAGUCAGUGGGGUUGGGGUCUCUGGGGAAGCUGCAGGGUGCAGAGAUCCCCAUGGCUGUAGAUGAUGGUGCUUUCCCAGUGGGAGCUGCACUGACUGCCACGGAGUUAAAUUUACACAGUGCUCAAAGAUAACUGGCACAGCCCUGGCAGUCAUUGGGGCACCCCAGGUUUGCUGUAAGGAGGGAGGAGCUGCCAGCAGAGCUGCUCAGAGCUGAGGACCUGCAUUUGGAAGGCAUGGGGGGGUGUUACCCAGGGGGAAGCAUUGCCCCAGGCUGGGGCCACAGCAGGAUCAGGCACCCAGGGAUACAAACAGGUCUUUUAAACACUUCUUGGCUGUGACUUCUGCUGGUUUCUGGAGGCUUUCUGGUCCCUGAGAUACCACUGAGAUGCUGUCAGCUGAAACCAGGUGUUGCCAGAUGACUCCUUCAGCCCAUAGCAGCUCUUACUGCAGGACUAUAUCCUAGAGAAGGUUGUUAAUUCUUCCAAAGACCAGAUAUGGCUGCAUUCCAUAUGGGCUAUGCUGUUCCCCCACUUCAGUGUUCAGAAGUUGCAUCUCAUCUGCUUUCCUUCCCCUCCUUGCUUUGGUUCUUACAGAUUCUCAUUUGUUGAUUCACCUCUCUCCUCUGUUUAAAUCAC